AUGACGCUCGAUCGCGACAACAAACUCGUUCCUCUCCAAAUCCCGUCUUCCUCGCAACCGUUUCCUCGUGUGCAGCCUCUGGGUGGAGUCCGAUGCUACUGGGCCCUGCUCGUGCCCACCUACAAUGCCGACGCGAGCGGGCAGAAUCGACUCGAGCUCAAAUUUGCCUACCUCGACCCCGUUCUCAGCACGCAUCUCGGCGCUCAGAAUAUCGCUCUGACCGACCACGGCGUCAUCGAGUUCAUCCAUGAAGCGGAACGCGAGCAGGCACGCAAGGACCUGGCGAGUGCAAUCCAGAACGAUGACCUGCAAGGAAGUGUUACGAGGAUGCGGCUUCCGCGCCUAUCGCGUGUGAGAACGAUGCUCGGGGCGCAGCCGCAGGAGGUGUCGCGGCCCCCAGGACUAGAGAAGGUCAUGGAGAACGCAGAGUACCUUGUGAUCGACCUGGUGCUGAACUGGGUCGCGGAUGGGCUGCUACUCGCCUUCUUCCAUGCGAUCAAGGACAGGGACCCGCAAGCCAACAAUGACCCGCAACGCAAACAUGAGGGCUGGUCGAAUUACUGUGGUGCGGGCACCAUGUUCCCUGAGGAGGUGCUGCAACAGGCGGUUGCGUCGAACGUUGUCCUCCCCGCACGGACACGGUACCCGCCGACGCGUGUGUUCCAGCUACAGGCGACAGGUGGCCCACACCAGCCGCCAAGUCUUCUCUUCUCAUGGCCACCUCCGCGGCCACCCAACGCACCCGGACACGGUGAUGGGAUGUACGACGCGGAGGAGUAUGCGGAGCUCAUGCGCGGCGUCGACAUGGACCCGAGCAUGCUGACGACCAAGCCGGGCGAGGUACGCACGAACUGCACGACGCGUUUCGGCGCAGAGCACUCGAUUCGUACUGAGGGCGUGUACCGGCACGUCAACAGUGUGUUCAUCCCGUAUGGCUCGCUCGUGUUCGCUUGCUACCAGACGAAGAAGACGAUCGAGCUGCGUCCUACUGGUACGACCGAGGCAUGGUCCGCCCCGCAACAACCAUCUCCCGCGACGUCGCCUGUCGUUGCUGGUGGAGGCGAGUGGCGUCCCCAGCAAAGCGAGUUCGACAACAACUACCCGCCUUCCUCCCAGUUUGGCCGCGACUAUCCUCCCCCAGGUGCCCCCGGAGGACCAGGCUACGGUGCGCCAGGGUACGGUCCCGGCUAUGGGCGGAUGAACGACGCGGCGCCGGCCCAGCCCCGGCCAACAGGCAGCAGUUCCCGCCCGCUGGUCCGUCCCCCUGGGGAUGUGGAGAAGUGUCGGGGCUGCGGCACGCGCGAGUCCCCCGAAUGGCGCAAGGGCGAGAAUGGCGUCAAGGACCUGUGCAACGCGUGCGGCCUCAAGCUGGCGCGUGCGGUCGCUAAGAGAGAGGGAAGACAGAAGCCGAGGAAGAAGGACAAGACGUAA